CACCUCAGCAUCCAUGUUUUUCGCAUCCGUGAGAGAGUGUGUGUGUGAGAGUGUGUGUGUGUGUAGGGAGUGGCAGCUACAGAGAAAUCGCAUGCCGGCAGAUACACGAGUGAUUUUCAUUCAAAGGAAACCGUGAAGUUGUUCUCAGGCGGCUCGGUUAGGAUUUUGUAGCAGCUGGACUUUCUGAGUCCUACAGAUAAAAUGGAGAGAGAGCGACCCACGGUCUGAACGUCAAGUGCCUCCCCCCCCCAGCGGACACCAUGAACAUGCUGAAAUCGAGCGGCCUUAAGAUCCCCGGCAGGGGUCCGAAGCACUCCAGCCCGGUGGGACGAACCACCACGGGGUCACCGUCCUCCCCUGCAACUCAGAAAGACAAUGUUCCUCACAAACAGCCCCUGCCGGCCCAGAGCAGCAGCGCAUCAGACAAGUCAAGCUCGAAAGCUUCAGAGGUGGGCGACGAAGUGCCGAGCGAUUUUGCAUUGGGCGAGCGUGUAUGGGUGAACGGUGUGAAGCCGGGCCGUGUGGCUUAUCUCGGCGAGACCCAGUUCGCCCCGGGUCAGUGGGCCGGCGUUGUUCUUGAUGAACCUGUGGGCAAGAAUGAUGGCUCAGUGGGCGGUGUGCGCUACUUCGAGUGCUUGCCUCUCCAGGGUAUCUUCACACGGCCCUCCAAGCUCACGCGACAGCUGGCAGCUGAAAGUAGCGAUGCCCACCCUGCAGACCCACUCGCUGGACCGAACUGCCAGUCGGGUACAGGAGCCCAGCGUGUGGUCGUGCCACUGCGAGAGGGAAUACUGAACAGUGCAACGAAGACGGGCAACGAGUCCGGCUCCAACAUGUCCGACAGUGGCUCGGUGAAGAAAGGAGGAGAGAAGGAUCUGCGAGUGGGAGACCGCGUACUGGUGGGCGGUACUAAGACCGGCGUGGUACGUUAUGUAGGCGAGACAGACUUUGCCAAGGGCGAGUGGUGCGGUGUGGAGCUGGACGAGCCUCUCGGGAAGAACGAUGGAGCCGUGGCCGGGACCAGGUACUUCCAGUGCCCACCCAAAUUCGGCCUGUUUGCCCCCAUCCACAAGGUGAUCCGCAUCGGCUUCCCAUCCACAAGUCCAGCCAAGGCCAAGAAAAGCAAACGUGUGGCCAUGGGAGUGUCAUCACUGGCGCACAGCCCCAGCAGCUCAUCCAUCAGCUCUGUCAGCUCCGUGGCCUCCAGCGUCGGCGGCAGGCCCAGCCGCACUGGCCUGUUGACGGAGACGUCGUCCCGUUACGCGCGCAAGAUCUCGGGCACCACCGCACUGCAGGAGGCGCUCAAAGAAAAGCAGCAGCACAUCGAACAGCUCCUGGCCGAGCGCGACCUGGAACGAGCCGAAGUAGCCAAGGCCACCAGCCACAUCUGUGAAGUGGAGAAAGAACUAAACACACUCAAAGCCCAGCACCUGCAGUAUGCAACAGAAUCGGAGAGCAACCUGCAGCAAGUGCGUACCCUGUUGGCCAGUGCGCAGAGAGACAAAAUGGAACUGGCCAAUCAGCUUGAGGAAGAGAAAAGGAAAGUGGAGGACCUUCAGUUCAGGGUGGAGGAGGAAUCCAUCACCAAAGGGGAUCUAGAGGGCAGAAGGCGCCAUCAGGCAACACCCAUGAGGUUGGGUAAGAGUAUCAAGCAAACCACGGUUGAGGAGAAGAGCCGUGUGAUGCAGCUGGAGGAGGAAUUAACCCUGCGCAAAGCUGAGGUGGACGAACUCCAGGCACGCCUGCAGAGAGCCUCGUCUUCCGUAGUGGAAGGCAGAGAUGUGAUUUCAAGCUCGGAGGCUCUCCGAGAACGCUUCGAAUCUGCACGCCGCGAGGAGAGCAGCCAACUACGCGAACGCUACGAGGCCAUGCUGAGCGCCAGCCGCCAAGAAACCGAACGCCUCAAGGCUACCACGGAGCGGCAGGCCUCGGAGAUCACAAAACUGCGCCAACGGCUCCAGCAGGCCACACGCGAGAACAUGGAGAUGAUGGAUAGCUGGAAGGCCAAGCUGGACGCCUUGGUUGGAGACCACCAACGUGCCCUGGAGGAGCUCAAAUCCUCACUGAUCAAUGAUUCCAAAGCUUCCGAGACCAGUGGAGGAGAUGGAGAUGGUCCCACACCUGAAAUGAGGGCCACUGUGGAGAGCAUGAGGAUGGAGCAACAGCUGGAAGUGGAGAACCUCAAGGCCAAGCAUGAGAUUGAAGUGGCCGUGCUAGCUAAGGAACGUGAGGAGCUUCGAGCCAAGGUCCAAGAACUGCAAGAUAAGCUAGAGGAGAGCGAGGAGAAUGCCAGGAGCAACCAGGAGCUCAACGAGUCCCUGGAGAAGCUUCAGGAGGCCGAGCUGAAGGUCGCCGGAUUGAGGGAACGGCUAGAGUUGGCUGAGAAGAAGAUUGCUGACUACGAGGCUCUGCAGAACGCUGAAGCGCAAAGCCGUGCCGAGAUCCGAGAUCUGCAAGAGAAGCUGAGGGUUAGCGAGAACCGACUACAGGCUGUCGAGGCUGAUCAUAUCGGCCAGGACGUCAACAUGAUAGAAAAUAAUGACAGCUCUGAAGAGAAGAUUAAGUUAAAGCAAAAUAUGGAAGAAACUUUGGAGAAACUGGCAAAAAGGGAAAAAGAAGUUUCGACUCUUACUACACAAGUAGAUGACCUCAAAACACAGAUAACAGCCUUGGAGACUAAAGUCCGUGUAGGGGAGAGAAAGGCGGACAGCCUCCUCAGAGACAAGACGCGUCUGGAGGCGGAGCUGGAGGCCAUCACCAAGAAAUCUCACGAUGCUUCAGGCCAGCUGGUGAUCAUUAGCCAGGAACUUCUGAAGAAAGAGAGGAGUCUGAACGAGCUGCGCGUCUUGCUGCUGGACUCGCCGCGCCACUCGCCCAGCAUGGACCGCGACUUGAGCCGUGAGGUGCACAAGGCCGAGUGGAGGAUGAAGGAACAGAAGCUGCAGGACGACAUCAAGAGCCUGAGGGAGAAGCUGCUGCUUCUGGGGCGUGAAAGGUCGUCACCCGAGCAUCGUCGCUUCUCUAUGAUGGAGGCGUCAGGAACAGAUGCGGAGGUGGCGCGCCUACGCCAACGGCUCUUGAGCACCGAGGAGGCCUUGAGGAACGCGCUGGAACACAACCAGGAGGUGGACCAGCUGGUGCAGGCCAUGCGCACGCGACCCGAUAAGAGCCAGGCAUACAGCAGUGCAAAUUCAGCGAAUGGGAUCCAUCAACAAGACGCUACCUUCGCGGAUGAGGGACAGCACUGAUGAUCGGGGUCGUUGAAGCAACUCUCGACCAUUUUAGGGAAAAAUCACGGAGGUACGCUGCAAAAAAAAAAAGCCCCCGAGAUGUCUGAUGCUUAGACCUUGGACUAACGCCUCAUUGGACAGCUUUGCAUUCUUUUCAGAGUUAGCACCAAGCCAACGAACAAAACUGCGACCACUUAGCAAAUGUGUAUGUAAAACAAUGUGAGAUGCUAUUUAAACAAAAACAAAGCAUUAUCUUUGAAGCGGUACGUUACGGUCGUGGUUUUAAACUCAGACCACCGGUCCACCUUGUACACUACCUCCAGUAUGGACAGUUAAUCCAAGAGAAGUAAGAAAAAGCAGCGGUCUUGAUGCUCGAGACUUCCGUUAAGCUAAGCACUGUAGACCGAUUGGCCAGGAUGCAGUUUAGUAAACCUUUUGGCCUGGAUUUAUACUUUAAUUUAUUUGCCUUUUAUGCUAUUGGAGUUAGACGGAGCGGCCAUCUUGAUUUUUGCCUUGAAAGACUUGCUCCCCUUAGCCUCUGUAGUGAAUGUCUGAGUAAAGGAGACGGGAUUAUUUCACUCGGGCUUGUUCUCGUUUUUCUUUGUCCUUAUGUACUGUAUGAAUGCCACAGUGUUCAGCCACCUACCAGUAUCCAUCCUCUAUAACCCAGUAAACAGUGCACCAUUUUAAGGAUGCCAGCAUUUCAAACGAAUGGGACUCCUACACCGCUGUAUUCCUGUAAAAGACUUGAGAAAUCAAACGCUCAGACUUAUUAUUCAGCCUAGUACUGUGUUUAUGCUGUACAGUAUAUUUAUGUGUCGAAAUACCGUCCGAGGUGAAUUUAGGCUUUAAAGGAGCAGUCCACCG